AUGCCCACCCACCCCCUCCCCGCAACCUUCAUGCGCGGCGGCACCUCCAACGGCCUCCUCAUCCACCGGCACGACCUCCCCCCAAACCCCUCCGACUGGCAAAUGAUCCUCUCCUCCGCCAUGGGCUCGCCAGACCCCUACAGCCGGCAACUCAACGGCAUGGGCUCGGGAAUCUCCUCGACGAGCAAAGUCUGCGUGGUGGAGAAAUCCGCGCGCGCGGACGCGGAUUUAGAUUAUACGUUCGUGCAGGUGGGGAUUCGGGAUGGGAGUUUGGACCUCGCGGGGAAUUGUGGGAAUAUGUCGAGUGCGAUUGGGCCGUGGGCUUUUAAUGAGGGGUUGUUGGAAUUUGGGGGGGAGGGGAGGAGGGAGGUGAGUGUGAGGGUUUUUAAUACGAAUACUAACAAGGUGAUUCUGGCGACGUUUGAGGUCGAUGGGGAGAAGGGGGUGUUUGAGGCGGAGGGGGAGUAUGGGAUCGAUGGGGUUCCUGGGACGGGGUCGAGGAUUACGUUGGAGUUUUUGGAUCCUGCUGGGGCGAAGACGGGGAAGGGGGCGUUGCCGACGGGGAGGGCGGUGGAUGUCGUGAAGUUGAAUGAUGGGAGUUCGAUCGAGGUGACGCUCUCGGAUGUGGCGAAUCCGGGGGUUUUCGUGCGCGCCGAGGAUGUCGGGGUCGCGGGAGAUGUCAAUCCUGCUGCUUUGGAGGAGAAGGCGGGGCUUAUGGCGAGGUUGGAGGAGAUUCGGCAGAAGGGGGCGGAGUUGAUGGGGUUGGAUCCUAAGACGCAGACGAUUCCGAAGAUUGCGAUGAUUAGUCGGCCGACGGAGAAGGAUGAUGAGGGUGUGAAUGUCAUUGUGAGGGCGCUGAGUAUGCAGCAGCCGCAUAAAGCUGUUCCGCUGACGCUGGCGUUGAAUUUGGGGACGGCAAGUAGGACUGAGGGGACGUUACCGGCGCAAGUGGCGAGGGGUGUAGAGAAAGGCGGGAAGAGUGUGACGGUAGCGCAUCCGAGUGGGAAGUUGGAGGUUGGCGGUGUGUUUGGGGAGGACGGAGCUAUCAAAAGUGCGUUGUUGCAUAGGACGGCGCGGAUCUUGAUGAAGGGUGACGUGUAUUAUAGUGUGAAGGAAUGA